AUGCCCACCCCAGCACCCGCCUCCGGGCUGAACGUGAUCGCCCUGAUAUCAGGCGGGAAAGAUUCCCUCUACUCGAUCCUCCACUGCAUCCGCAACGGCCACACAGUCGUCGCUCUCGCAAACCUCUACCCAGAACGGCAACACAACACAACCACCCAAGAUGAAGACGAGGACAUCGACAGCUUCAUGUACCAAACAAUCGGCCACUCCGUCAUCCCCCUCUACGAGCAAGCCCUCAAAAUCCCCCUCUAUCGACAGCCCAUCACCGGCGGUGCAGUAGACACUGCCCGCAUCUACGGCCAUGACGCAAAUACAAACGCAAACGACAAAGACGAGACCGAGUCCCUCGUCCCGCUCCUCCAGCGCAUAAAACAGGCACACCCGGAAGCAAACGCCGUCUCGGCCGGUGCAAUUCUUUCUACGUAUCAGCGCACACGGAUCGAAAAUGUCGCAGGCAGACUCGGCCUCGUGCCGCUCGCUUGGCUGUGGAUGUACCCCUCGCUGCCUGCGCCAGAUGCCAGGAAACAGGAUCCGCUGGCGAUAAAACAAGCAGGUCUUUUAGAAGAUAUGGCUGCUGUCGGGUGCGAUGCUCGGAUUAUCAAGGUUGCUUCAGGCGGCUUGGACGAGGGAUUCCUAUGGGAGAAUGUGUCUGGCGCUGAGAGCGGGGGACGCAUGAUGAGGCGGCGCAUUACGAAGGCUAUGAGUCGGUUUGCGGCGGCGGAGGAUAUUCGUGGCGCUGUUUUGGGGGAGGGGGGUGAGUAUGAGACGCUUGCGCUCGAUGGGCCUGGGUUCUUGUGGAAAGAGAGGAUUGAGGUCGGUGCAAAGGAGGAGAGGGCUGGUGAGGGGGGUGUGGCGUUUGUAAAGUUGCGACAAGCUAGGUGUGUGGUUAAAUCGGAGAGAGCUGUGGAUGACGGGGUGGGGCCUGGUGACGUUAGGAGGCCUGGGUUGUUGGAUGCGGUUUUUGAGUCGGUACUUGGGUCUGGGUUAGAUGUUUCUGGGCCGGAUGACUCCAGGAGGAGUGCUAGUAUGGCUCGAUCACCGGCAUGGUCUGGCUGUGAACAUGUGCACCGGCUGACUGGUUCAAGCUGGACUAUCUCGAAUAUUGUCGCGCCUGAGGCUGGUCCUGGGGCCGGGGAGCAGAUGAAAGGGAUUGCAGAUAAGACUGAACAGAUGUUGAAGUCGUUUGGCCAUGCUGGGCCGGGUCCUCGGUCAGAAGAUGACAUUGUUUUUGCAACAGUCCUGUUGAACUCAAUGGCGGAUUUUGAAUCAAUGAAUGCUGUCUACGUCUCAAUGUUCAACAAGCCAAAUCCUCCUGCGCGAGUCACGGUGGCUUGUGGGGAUCGCUUGCCGUCCAACGUCAAAGUCAUGAUCUCAUUCACGGUUGACCUGGGCGCGAGAGACAUUCGGCAGGGUCUGCAUGUUCAAUCCAGAUCAUACUGGGCCCCGGCCAACAUUGGACCAUACUCACAAGCAAUGUCAAUCCCGCUGCGAAACGCUAGCAGGCUGGUGUACGUUGCUGGCCAAAUCCCUCUAGACCCUGCUUCUAUGGACAUGACACAAGUGCCGGGGCCGUGGUACGAGGGCUACCGUCUUCGAGCCGUACUGGCUCUCCAACAUCUUUGGAGAAUUGGCGAAGCCAUGCAGGUUGAUUGGUGGCUUGGCGCCGUUGCUUUCCUGGUCGGCGAACAACACGCCGAUGCCCAGGCUCAAGUGGCUUGGCGCCUGUGGGAGAAGAUGCAUGCUUUACCAGACAACGAAGAUGAAGACGACGAUGAAGGACCGCAGCUGGAUGCAUGGGACAUAAAGUACGGGCGCCGCAUAGAGGAUCCCACGGAUACCCUCGUGCCUGGUCUGCCCAAAUUUACAGCUCUUUUCGAGUCUACCACUUCCAUCCCACCAUUCUUAGCUGUUCAAGUGGAUCAACUUCCACGAGGAAGUGAUAUCGAGUGGCAAGGUCUCGGCGGCCGGUGUGAGCAGGCCAAAUUGAAUAUCAAAGGAGGGGCAUCUUUCGCCGCUAUGGACGGCCAGUUCAGGUAUAUUAGUUUCGAGAUCGACGCUGGUUCGUCGGUCGAUAUAUUGGACCAAAGCUUGCGAUCACUGAUAGAGACCCACUGUCGAGAUUCAAAUUUGUCGCAGGCUGUGCUAUACACUACACACUCGGUGUCUGAGGCCUCCUGGCCAGGCCAGGUUGUCCCGUGCAGAUCGGUAUGGGGGCGAAAAGGGCGCAGAUUGAGCGCAGCCGUGGUUCUGCAGCAAAUAUACUAG